UUCUCUCUUCAAUCCCCAGACCUUACCUUAUCUAGGGUUAGGGUUUCAGACUCAGUCCUUUUAGAUUUUUUCCUAUAUCUGAAGAUGAUGCAGCAGCCAGCACCGGGUGUAGUUCCGCCUCCGAUGGCGCCGCCGCCAGCCAUGGCUCCUCCGACGCAGCAGCAGUUUCAGUACCAGCAGCCUCCGCCAGCCGCACAGCCGCAGCAGCCUUACAUGAUGAUGAACAUGAACAUGAACAUGAUGCCGCCUCAGAGCCAGCCUCCACCCAUGUGGGCCCCGCAGCCUCCUGCUGUUCCGUUGCCCGCUCAGCAGCAGCAGCAGCAGCAGCAGCAGCCACAGCCACAGAUGGGUCAACCCGCCAGCGCCGAUGAGGUGCGGACUCUGUGGAUCGGUGACCUGCAGUACUGGAUGGACGAGAAUUACCUCAUGAGCUGUUUUUCACACACUGGAGAGGUUGCUUCAGUGAAGGUCAUCCGUAACAAGCAAACUGGUCAAGUUGAGGGCUAUGGCUUUAUUGAAUUCACUUCUCGUGCUGCUGCUGAAAGGAUUCUGCAAACAUACAAUGGUACCGCCAUGCCAAAUGGUGAACAGAACUUCAGGCUGAACUGGGCGUCCUUUGGUUCGGGUGAGAAGCGUGAUGAUGUCCCUGACUUCACUAUUUUUGUUGGAGACUUGGCUGCUGAUGUUACGGAUUACAUGCUUCAAGAGACCUUCAGGGCCCGUUAUCCCUCUGUUAAGGGUGCUAAGGUUGUAAUUGAUAGACUCACAGGACGUACAAAGGGUUAUGGGUUUGUUAGGUUUGGAGAUGAAACUGAACAUAACCAUGCCAUGGUAGAGAUGCAAGGUGUUUUCUGUUCAACAAGGCCAAUGCGUAUAGGGCCAGCUGCUAACAAGAAGACAGUUGUUGGCCAGCAAUAUCCUAAAGCUUUGGCUCAAGGGACUUCAAACGACAGUGAUCCAAAUAAUACAACCAUAUUUGUUGGUAAUUUGGAUUCCAACGUGACGGAUGGUUAUUUGAGAGAAGUUUUUGGCCAGUAUGGGCAAUUGGUACAUGUGAAGAUACCAGCAGGCAAGCGGUGUGGAUUUGUUCAAUUUGCUGAUAGGAGCUGCGCAGAAGAAGCAUUGCGGGUGUUGAAUGGAAGUAUGUUGGGUGGACAAAAUAUUCGCCUUUCAUGGGGCCGGAGUACUUCAAACAAACAGCCUCAGUCAGAUCCAAACCAGUGGAAUGGUGGGUACUAUGGAUAUGGUCAAGGAUAUGAGUAUGGCUAUGCUGCUGCUCCUCCUCAAGAUCCAAACAUGUACUACGGAGGCUAUCCAGGGUAUGGAAAUUACCAACAGCCACAACAGCAGCAGCAGCAGCAGCAAGUGGGAUAUAGCUGAAAUGUGUGGAGUUUUAAUGGGGCUGCUUUGUGUUUGGGUAGUGAGAUGAACUGAUGCUACUACUUCUCUUCUCGUUUGGGGAAUAAGUUCAGGCUGUGUUAUUAUUCUAUCCUACCAAUAGCAUAUGCACUGUAUGAAUCUCCAAAUUUUGUACUGUUUAAGUUGGCUUUAAUUUGAUCCUAACUCAUUCGAUGCAUGUGGUCCUCAAAUAUAUUUUUUUCUUUCAU